AUGAGCAGCUCGGCGCCGAGCUCAAAGCCGAGCACAAAGGCAGCAGCUGGGGGAAGCCGCACAGGGUUGGUCCAGAAAAGGUGGCCAAAGGAGAAGGGAGCCCAGAGCAUCCUCGAAGAAAGGGAGCUGCGAAAUACCAGAGCGAAAACCAACAUGCUGCUCAAGGCCGAGGAGGUGAGACAGCAAAAGGCUGCAGCAGCUGAUGAGUGGGAGGCGCCAGGCACAGCCUUCAGACUGCUGGAGCCUGCGAAGGCGGAGGAGCUGGAGUAUGGCGAGUGGGGCACAGAGCACUGGGAGCCGCCUGGGGCCACUGAUGUGGAGGCGAAGGAACGCCCUGGGAAGGGCAAAACGAAGAAGGGAGGCAAGAAGGGCGGUGGUGGUGGCGGCAGAAAGCCGUGGUGGGCCAGAUACGGCGCCAACGCCAAAGGCUCUGGCUCGACUGGCUCGAAGGGCCAGGGCAAAGGCAAAUUCGACGACUGGGGUGGUGAGUAUUGCCACGGUGGCUACAGAGCCGUGAACGGGCAGUUCUUCCCGUAUGGCCAAGGGCGCACCCGCAAGCGCACACCAGGGAAAGGAAGUACCUGGGGCAAGGGCAAGCAGGGCAAGCACGGCUGGGACAGCAAUGCCUGGUCCAUGGCUAUGCAUGCUGUCCAAGAUCUCGCGUCCGUGGCGAGAUCAGUGGUGGAAGGAAAUGAGCAACUGGGUCACAGGUUCUUUGUGACGUUGGCCCCAAUGUCGGCGUUCAAACUCAGAUUGGAAGAGACAACUGCUCAGGGCAUCGUGGCCAUCAGAGAGAAGACCCGGGAGGUGAUGCUGGCCAAGCCUGUGGCUGGCAGUGGGCAGAUCAAGGACGACCAGACCAUGGCAGCAUUGUGGGGCAAAAUGCGACAUCAUUUGACGAACAUGAGGCUGCACACUGAGCUUGACAUCUCGGCAACCUAUCUCUCGCACAUGGAGAAGCAAGUCAAGAGCAGCAACACAAAGAUCACCACGAUGAUGGCCAAGUCCAAUGAACCUGAGCCGGAACCUGCACCAAAGCCAGCUGCCAAGAGCAAUGUGUUGAAGAGGCCAGCUGGCAAGGCUGUGAUGAAGGUUCACACUAAGAAGUGCGCUCUUUCUGCAGGUGACGCAGCAGAUCUUAUCGACAAUGUCAAGGAGAAGUUGAGCGGGCUGGCAACGGUAAGCCCACUGGUCCUUGCGAUCAGUGCCAAAGUGCUGCAGGGAACAGCACCGGCCACGACAGAAAAGAGGAACAAACAAACCAUUACGAACUUCGCAGCGUACCUGACGCAGAAGGAUGCUGAUACCCUUCAAAACAAGCAGGUGAGCACAUACACCAAGCUGGACGCAGUGGCUGUCCGCAUGAUCCGGUUGGGGAUCGAUGUGCCAACCGAAGUCAGCGUGGGCCAUAUCCUCAAGGUGUGUGGUGACCUGGGCUUGGAGCUGGGCACGCACAAAGAGAAUUUGCAGUUGCUCGACCAGUUGAAGUCUCUCUUCAAAUCGAAAGCAAGGAAAGCCAAGCAGGAUGUCAGCAAACGAGCUCACAUUGUGAUCUACCCAGACAUGCCUUCUGAGGCCAUGAUUCAAGAGUGCUAUGAUGCUGACGAUCCUCCCCUGCAAAGGGCCACCCGUAGCGUUGGGACUUUGGGUUGCUUGAGGAAAAGCUCCAGCAAGACCAAACCUGCAGGAGCAGCUUUGGUUCCCAUGCCUGCGCCUGCCACGCUGUCGCCUACCAUGCCAUCAGGCGGUGUAGCUUCUGCCAUGCAACAAGCUAUGGCUCAACAAGCUAUGGGUUUUACGGGCAUGGAUGCGAUGGCCAUGAACAUGAUGCAAAUGAUGGCAAUGUGCCUCUUUGGCCAGAACCAGCAGCAGGCACAGCAGGAUACCGGUCCUGCAGGCCUGAAGAUCUUCGCAGGCAACAAGACCGAGUUGAAUCAGGUAACUCCAAGCCGUUCACCCACUGCUCCGUCAAGUGCAGCUUCACCGCCUGCUGCUGUGACACCGCAUGGUGAGUCACAAGAAGAUUCACAAGGUCAAGAGCUGCAGCUUGCCUUGCCAGAUGUUGCGAAACUGGUGCCACCAGAAGAGCAGGUUGCCGCUGUCCAAGCAGCCACACAGGGAAGACAGGUGACAAGAGCAGAAGCCAAGGAAACAGAACCAGAGAAACGUACUUCUGCAAAGGCAAAAGCAACAUGCAAAGGCAAGGCAAAAGCCAAGAGUAAGGCAAAAGGAGCAGCCAAGAGUCCGGCAAAAGGGUCUGCCAAGAGUAUGGCACAGGGAGCUGCAGCUUCGUCCAAGAGAAAGGCAAGUGAUGGCGAUGAUGCUGUGGCCCCAUCCCCCAAGGCGAAAGCCAAACCCAGUGCAAAGGCCAAAGCAGCUGCUGAGAAAAUGGUUUUCACAGAGGCAAACCGACCGCCAGUCCCAGCGCCCAAGGCAGGCACGACUUGGUACAGAAAGGGCAAGAUUCACCGUGAUCGAGGCGUUUGCCCAUGCCAGGGUCAUCAGUUGACUCGCGCCAUGACUUCAACAAGUUCCGGCAUGAAUGUCUAUGUGGCUGCUGCUGGCCACCCCUUUGUGUCGCAGAGCGGCCUGGUGGCGGUCCUCAAGGCCGUCCGCAUGCAUGGUCUGCCAGAUGCCAUAAGCCGCCCGACCCUCAAAAGGAGACGGGCAGACGCGAUUCCACAGGAGACGCCUGUGGGCCCGUUAUGGGGCAGCAUUCAACUACUCUGUGAAGGCAACAGCCUGCUGCAGCUUCCUGUUUGCAAUCCCUAUGCCUUGCUCUAUGUCACUUUGGAAAAUUGCAGGCCAUUUCGCGAAUAUUUUGAAAGUGUGCUAGAGUCUGUGGGCAACAGCGCAGCAGCUCCGUUCAGAAUAAUUUGUUACUGCGACGAAAUCUUACCAGGCGACCAGUUAAAGGCUACAAACAUGAGGAAGAUGGUGGCUUGGUACUGGAGUAUAUUAGACUUCAAAGGGCAGUUGGGGCGGGAGGAACUAUGGUUCCAAUUGACCUGUUGCAGAACCGUCCAUGUGAAGAAGGUGCUGGGGCAAUACUCACAAAUUUGGAAACACAUAUGCAAACUCUUUCAAUCUCAACCUUUGGAUGGAAGACUUGGCAUUCAUUUGCCAUUGGGUGGAUCUUGCUCUCAUGUGUUCUUCAAGGUCCAGGUCCUUUUGGGCGACGAAGCGGCAUUGAAACAGUGUUGGAGCAACAAAGGAUCCUCUGGAACCUUCAUUUGCAUAUUUUGUCAAAAUGUCACAAACCACUUGUUGGAUUUGGCAGCUCAUGACAGGACCGGCAGACUUGUGCCAUCGUAUGUUUGUUCUUUGAACAUGUGUGCACAGCACACAGACCAAUCUAUCAACCAAGCUGCAAAGAAAUUGGUUUUGGAGAAGGGCAGGCUGGGCAAGGGAGCUUUUGAAGAUUUAGAAAAGGCACUGGGAUUGACGUUCGCGGCUGAGGGGGCACUUUAUGAUGAGAACUUUAUGAAUUCCAUUCCCGGUGCUGUCUCCAUGACAUCCUACGAUUGGAUGCACAUCUAUUUGGUUUCAGGAUUAUGGAACUCUGAAGUUUCCUUGUUGCUUGAUGUGCUCAACAAAGAGCAUGGGAUGGGAGCUCCAGCUUUAGCCAAUUUCCUCAAAACUGUCACGUGGCCCAAGAAAGUUUCCUCCAAAGGCACCACUGGUAUCAAAGUAGUCGAGAAGCACAAGGAGGGACACUUGUCCUGCUCAGCUUCUGAAGGGUUGUCUCUGUAUCCUUCAGUGCGAUGCUUCUUGCAAACCAAAGUGCCGCAGUCUAUAGCAGAGUCAGCAGCAUUUAAGGCGGUCAGGAGCUACUAUUGUUUAGCUGCAGUUUUGGACCUUCUGGUGAAGACCCGGAAAGGGGCAGUGUCACCGGAUGAACUCCAGCAAUCUAUCGAAGCUCACAUGACCGCCCGUUUGGAUGCCUAUAAGGUCGUGUUGUCCCAAUACUUGGAGCUGCAGGAAUGGGAACGCAGAGGCGGCAUUGAACUCAUUGAUGCAAAGGAGGCGUCAGUUGACAUGACCAAUGGGCUGAAACAAACCCUUGGGCUGACCCUGGACCCAUCCGUAAGAGUCUUUGUAGCUUCAGAAGCUCAAUGCAACUAUGAAAGCAUGAGCCGUGGAGAUGCAGUUUGCACAUCCACACAUAUCGUUGAGAUUUGGUUUCACGUGCAAGUUGUGUCAGACAUUCAUGGCACAUCGUUUCACUCAAUCAUUUCUAAGUGGACGCCUCUGCAAGGCCACAAUCUUUUUCGAAUGACUGAUGUGCCAGAAUUAGUUCCUACUGGAAGCCUGCAAAGAGCACUUCCUUUUUGCGUGAAUUCAGGUGUGGCAACCGUGAUCCCCUGA